CUGAAAGAAAAAUUCAUUUUUAAGCAAAUUGUAAGUACUGGAUAAAAGGCUUACCUUCAUAGUUUACACCAGAAGGAGACAGAGUAGCAGAAGAAAUCCCCAUCAGUGCCAAAAACACUAACCCCAGCUUGAACAGUAUGAAACUCCUUAUUUCCAUACUCUAUAUAUUCUACUCUCUUUCUUUCUCAGCUAAUUCAACUUUACUUUCUCUGCACAAUCAUUAUCCACUGCCCAGAUCACAAUGACUAGCCACUCUCACAUGAAGCAAUUCCUACCCAAGCAAAAUGGUCUCUGCCAGACGCAGAGCCAAAUAAACCAAACCCACCAUUACCAUAAAAAGGCUCUUCCUUCCCCCCAGUAUCCCACUUCUUGACAAAACCCAGAUGCUAAAAUUACUGCCUUUCCAAACCAACAACCUCAGAUAAAGAAAACAUGAAUAAGAGAUGGUAGAAAGAGCAACAUAUGUGCUAAGACAAAGGGCACAAGGAAGGGAAUUUUCUCCUGAAACAAGCACCCUUUUCCAACCAGUGAAAUUCUGAGAUCCUAGAGAUCUGAGAAAACCUGGAGUUCAAUUUCUAUAUGCCUUGGUUGAUCCCCACAAAUUCCAUGUGGGUUUGUUGUUGGCUUCUAGCCCUGCUGUACUCUUCACUUGAACUUCCAGUUGCCACUACCAUUAUUUCCUCCCCCCACACCUUUAUCCUACCUUUUCCAAUCUUCAAACCCACAAGAACGAAAUGAAGUUAAAGAUCAAUGGAAGAAAGAACCAAAGAAGUAGAGGCCAAAUCAAACUGCCAAACUCUACACAGAUGUAGAGGCAGAAACAGGAACAAAAAUCUGGGUCUUUAAAAACACAUAAACCCCUGUGAAAAUUAACUUAAAAGCACACUCCUUUUGGGAUGAAUUUGCUUUUGGAGUUUUAAAAAUGGCGAUUGAAUGCAAUUCAGAAGAGAACAAAAGGAUAGCUAUGAGCAAAAAGUUUGGAAAUUUGCAGGCAAAUUUUUGACAGCUCACGUGCUUCGAUUAUG